CUCUCUCUCCCCCAAUCGAAAAACCUAUCUCUCUCUCUCUAGAUUUCUUCCUCGAAGUCCAUUCCUUCAUGGCGAUCGCUUCAGAAACGCAUCCAGAGAAGGAUUCAGCUGAAGUAACAGCAACAGAGAAAAAGAGAUGGAAUCUGAACGAUUUCGAUAUCGGAAAACCUCUUGGAAGGGGGAAAUUUGGUCAUGUUUAUCUCGCAAGAGAAAAAAGGAGUAACCAUAUUGUAGCUCUUAAGGUUCUUUUCAAGAGCCAGUUAAAGCAAUCUCAAGUUGAGCAUCAGCUUCGUCGUGAAGUGGAAAUCCAAAGUCAUUUGAGAAACCCUAAUAUUUUACGCCUUUAUGGAUACUUUUAUGAUCAGAAGAGAGUAUAUUUGAUAUUGGAAUAUGCAGCUAAAGGAGAAUUGUACAAGGAACUACAAAGAUGCAAGUAUUUUAAUGAAAAAAGAGCUGCUACUUAUGUUGCAUCAUUGGCCCGAGCUCUCAUUUAUUGCCAUGGGAAACAUGUAAUUCAUAGAGACAUAAAACCCGAGAAUCUUUUAGUUGGUGCACAGGGGGAACUAAAAAUUGCAGAUUUUGGGUGGUCUGUUCAUACUUUUAAUCGUAGACGAACAAUGUGUGGAACAUUGGAUUAUCUUCCACCAGAAAUGGUGGAGAGCGUUGAGCAUGAUGCGACUGUAGAUAUAUGGAGUCUUGGUGUGUUAUGCUACGAGUUUUUGUAUGGAGUUCCUCCUUUUGAAGCUAAAGAACAUUCGGAUACUUACAGAAGAAUUAUGUUAGUUGAUUUGAAAUUUCCUUCAAAGCCUGUGGUAUCAUCUAGUGGAAAGGAUCUCAUAAGCCAGAUGCUUGUAAAGGAUUCUUCGGAAAGAUUACCUCUUCAUAAGGUUCUUGAACAUCCAUGGAUUGUUCAAAAUGCAGAUCCUUCUGGAAUCUAUAAGCUGUAGAUUCCUCGUUCUUUAUCGAUCUGAUCUUCCUUAUUAUGUUCUUUCGAUCUUUUAUGCGAGACUUGUGUGUAUUGAAAAUGUAACAAUGUAAACAUUUCUUUGUGAUUUGAUUUCCAAUGAAAAUCUAUAUGUUGUUAUCUCUA